UGCCCACAGGCUGGGUACUCCUAUAAAUUGGCAUACCUGGAGGCUUCCGACCUCAGUUACCUCUGUGGCUUCCAUUAGUUAACCUCGCCAUCUAAGUUCUAACUUAUUACAGUUUAAACUUCCGAUAUUUUAUUAAAUUUAACAAUUUAAUAAAUAACCAAGUUAAAAUGUCUAUUUCUGAUAUUAAAUCGCUAUUGAAGGACUAUCUUCCAUCAUCGGAUUUUCCAACUUACGCAUCUUCACCAGAAAGUAUACGAUCAGAAGAAUCAAUUUCUUUUCCAUCCUCCAUUUCCGAUGAAGUCCAGUUUUCUGAACACCCCUUGGAAAAUAUUGUGAAAGUGGAGAAAGAUGAAGUUGAAACACAAGAUAGUAGUAUCUCAAAAAGAAAACUGCGAACUGCAUUUACCGACAAGCAACUUCUUUGUCUGGAGAAAUUAUUUGUGGCGGACAAAUUUCUAAAUCGUCCAAAAAGAAUUAUCACUGCAAAAAAAUUAGGACUCAGUGAAAGACAGGUAAAAGUAUGGUUUCAAAAUCGUCGGAUGAAAGACAGAAGACCAUGCAAGAAAGGCGGAGACGGCAACAACGGAAAAAACAACUCAUGUUACGAUGAAAAAGACAUAAAAAAAAUAAUAAAUCCGUUGAUCGCCGAAGAAGAUGUAAAAUUUAGAGGAACAAAUGGAUCGGCUGGAUAUGGUUCAACUGUACAUCGUCAUCAUCAUCAUCAUCUACCACAAAAUGUUGAGUUGAACAGCAAAACAUACGAUAGUUAUUAUUCAAAUGAGAGCUAUGAUUAUGAUAACUCUGACACCAAAGUAUAUAAUAGUGAUUAUUACCAUUACCCCACCUCCAAUGCAAUUAAUAAUAUCCACAAUAAUUAUGGAUAUUAUUCACAACCUGAUGAUAAAUACGCAAAUUACGACUAUGUUAACUACUAUACUACUAAUGAAAUCACUGCUAGUGACUUUAACUUAUACACAACCAGAGAAAGACAGAAUUCAGAACAAAGUUGUAAUUCUUCCAUAAAAUCUGAACCAUCAUUUGAUUCAAGCGACGAUAAUACGAAAUUUUAUUUUUAAGCCUUUCGCCUGACAAUUAAGUUAUGAAAACAAUUUAUCAAUUAUGCACUCCAAGUCUAAGUGUGUAGUUAAUACACUCUAAAACCAAAUAUGCAGUCAAAAUUAACACACUUGCCAAAUAACAUUGAAACGCCAUAAGAAACACUGAUAGAAAAACUAUCUUGAUUCAAGAAAAACUUUUUUUUCAAAAUGUGGUUCUUGUUUCAAAAUUUUUAAUUGUUUUAAUUCAAGAAAUAAGUCCUUGAACCAAAAAAUUGAAAUUCUCGGAUAGAGAAAAAAAAUUCUUUGUUUGAGAAUUUGAUUUUUCGAUGAAGUCUUUUUUGUUUUGAAACAAAAUUCUGACAUAUUUCGUUCAAGAAUUUCUUACUCUUGGAUUGAGAUAGGCAAAAUGUGGGUUUAAGACAUUACCGACUCGUUUCGAAAAUGGCGCGAUUUUAAAAUCAAGAUAUCAAUUUACUCAGCUUGAAAAAAAACUUUUUUUUUUUAUUUUAAAAGUAAAAAGUUUUAAAGUGAUUUUUUAGGACUACAUUCAUUUACUUCAGAUAUGUUAAAGUAGAAAUUUAUUUUAAAAAAAAAUUUUUUUUUUCAUUACUUAAAAAACAUCUUCUAUCAAGGAAUUAUUACUUGAACCAAAAAUUUAAAGUUCUUAAAAUAAUAAUACGACAUUUUUAGUUGAAGACAAGUGGUCUUGCUUGAAGAAUUCGAUAGUAUCGAUUGAAGAUAAUAUAGUUUCGGGUCAAGACACGAGAGUUAUCCAUCGAAGAUACAAAAUCUAUAGAGCCAAGAAAAUCUAAAUCAAGACAAGAAUUUCUUGAAGCAAGACAACUGAUUUUCUUCAGAAAUAAAUUCUUGGCUCAAGAAAAUAUUUCUUGAGUCAAUAUAAAUUUUCUAUCAGUGAAUCUAUAGAUAUUUAACACACCGUGAAACGUGUUUUAAGUGACUACAAAAAACUAUAGUUUUGUUUAUGGCCUUAAACAUAGGACACAUUUAAUAUGUGUUAAAAUAAUACACUUGUAAAACACUUGGUUUUAGAGUGCAUUAGCACAUUUGCAAUAUACUCUUUAAAUAUUAUAAACUAUAAAAAACUAUAGCUUUACUUAUGGUCUUAAAAGUCGAACACAUUUAACAUAUGUUAAAAUUAUACGUUUGUAACAAACUUGGCUUUAAAGUGUAUUCACAUUUUUUAAUUCUUUUAAAAAUUAGUUCUAGUCACAUGAAGUAUUAUUGGAUCUAAAAACUCAUAUUGUUGGGAGGGAAAAUACGAAAUAUUUGUCAUAAGUAUUGCAAUAUUAAUAAUUUAUUAUCUCGCUAUUAUUGUAAAUAUCGUUCUAAAUUAUUUUUCUUUUUAAAUUAAUUGUAAGGAGAUGUUGAGCAUUCCUAAUGAUUCAAGUUAUUGCAACUGUCAUAUUAAAAUUUAGUAUAAGAAAUUACAAGCUAUUUAUAUAUCACGCUAAUUUAUUGAAUGUUUAUAAAUAUUAUCUGAGCACUUAUAUACAAAAUUUUAGAUAAAUUUUUUCCUCACCUCCGGGUGGAAAGCGACAACUUUCGUUCUGCGGUGCGAAACGAAGUUGCUGCUUUCCGCCUCCGUCGAGAAAAAAAAUAGUAUACACUCGGGAAGUAAAUUAGAAAGCCUCAGAUCACAUGUUUGUUGAUCUCCGCUUCGAAUCGGCCUAGUUGUGUAAUAUACUAUUUUUUCCCGGCUAUAUAUCGAAUAGAAUAUAUAUUAUGUAACAAUAAAAUCUAGGUAAAAAUUAGUGAUAAUAUUUAUUUAUUCAAAUUUUAUACAUCCUGUUUUUAUAUAAAUAACUCAUGUAUUAAUAAUUUUAU